UGGUAUUCUAAAGUGAAGUUGCUGUUGCGACAGUCUUUGUUGAUGCUGAACUGCUGAAAAUAUUUCGCAGAUUUAUCCAAAAGAAUACUGUCUGUUACCAUUUCGAGUAAUGGAUGGGGAUACUUCAGAAGAUGACGGAUUGAUGCAUGCCUCAAUUCAUACGUCUGAAAAAGAAGAAAGAAAAAAGGACAGUCACGAAAGGUAUCGGUUUAAAAGAGAACGAGAAGAGGGGGAAAUUGAAAGUGAUGUCAGUAGCACGACUGACAGCUCUCCUGCCCGCUCUGUCCAAACAGCUACGGAGGGGCUAUUCAGUGAAAAGACCCACUCUGCGGAUUCAGUUGAAGAACGGAUGGAAAGAGAAAGUGAUUCUCGGGAGGAUGCUAACCCGCAGCUUGAUAGCGGAGAUGACAUCGACGAAGGAGAAAUUAGCAGAGAUGCACCAGAUGAAUUUAUAGAGAGUGGAAACGGUCAGGUCUACAGAGAAGUUAAGGCAAUAUCCAGCUCUAACGAGGAUAUGAGCAGCGAGGAUGAGGACAAACGAGAUUCUGGAAAAGAUUCAGAUGUGGAAGAAAAAGUACAAGCCGAAUCUGAUAUGGAGAGCAGCGGGUCGAGUGAUGACGGCGAGGGUGGUGACGACGAUAAUGAUGACGAUAAUGAUGACGCAAGUGACGAGGAUACUCGAGAGUCAAGAGACGAUAUGAAUUUUGACGAUGCCGGCAAGACAGGGGAUAUAAUCGAUAUUUCCGAUAGCGAAAGCAGUAUUAAAGAGGAAUUGGAUCACAGCGAAAGAAGAUCAGCUGCUGGUUCUGUGGCAGGUGAAAUGAGCAGUGUAGAGAUGAAAGGCGAACAGAGACAGGCGGAAUCGGAAUCUGAGAGUGACGGUGAUGUGGAUACCGAGAAACCAAGAUCAUUGAUAUUCAAAAAAACAAAGCAAAGUAAAGAAAAAGCUGUUAAAAGAGAUGCCAAGGAGAGCAAGUACAGCGACGAUGACAGCGAAGAAGUAGUUGUAGAUCAUCUUGACAUUGCGGCGCCUCAGCAAGCUUUGUUGAGGAAACCAAAGAAAAAAAGCAAGGGGAAGAGCCAUGAUAAAAUGGCAAAGUCAAGUCAUAAGAGUGAAAGAUCCGAUGUAAAAGACGACAAGAAAAGACUUCGGGAAGAUCGAAAAAAGGUAGAUGAUCGGGAGAAAGAAAAGAAAGGAAGGUACGAUGAAUACGAAGAGAGAAAACACCGAAAGUAUGAUGGAAGCAAGUAUGAAAAAAAGGCUGAACAUGAAGUGCAAAAAUCGAAAUCCAUAAGCAAAACCAAGCGAACUGAGGAAGAUUUGAGAAGACGAGCAUUGCAAGCAUCGAAAAGACCAACGAAAGAUGAAGCAUCAAAAGAUGCGCGCAUCGAAAGAGACUGGAAUAAAAAAGAAGCAAAGUCGAAUCGUAAAGAAAAAAUUGACAAAAACAAGGACGUUUCGAGGGAAAAAGAAGGAAAGGGAAAGUCAGAUGUUGUAGGUACAAAAGACAAAAAAGAACACAAAAAAGAAAGAGAAAAAAUAGGAAAGGGUGGAGGCGAGAAAGGGAAAAAACGCCACAGAGACAAAACCAAAUCUGGUAAAGGGAAGCGAUCACUUGAAGAUGAGGACAGUGAAGAGGAGGUCGCCAGAGACGAAGAAUAUGAGAAGCCAGCACCAAAAAGGGCGCGAAGUGCUGAUCUUGAGAAAGAUGAAAACAAAGAAGACGACGAUGAACACUUAUCGAAAUCGGCAGACGCAGAUUAUGAUGACAUCUCGCCAGCCAGCUCAGAGGUAGAGCUCUCUCCACCCCCGUCUCCAAUUGAACUAAAAAAGCCUACUUAUUAUCCAGCAAUUAUGGGCUGCCGAGACGUUAAAGAGUUUCAGUGGCUGAAUAAAAUCGAAGAAGGGACAUACGGAGUUGUAUAUCGCGCGAGGGAUAAUCGUACAGACGAAAUCGUUGCUCUCAAGAGACUGAAAAUGGAGAAAGAAAAGGAGGGCUUUCCAAUAACGUCGUUGAGAGAAAUAAACACUUUGCUCAAAGCCCAGCAUCCAAACAUUGUUACUGUUCGGGAAAUCGUUGUUGGUAGCAAUAUGGACAAAAUAUACAUUGUAAUGGAUUAUGUAGAACAUGAUUUAAAAGCUCUCAUGGAAACCAUGACGCAACCGUUUUUAGUUGGAGAAGUAAAAACUUUGAUGAUCCAGCUUUUAAGAGGCGUCAAUCACUUGCACGAUAACUGGAUUUUGCAUCGAGACAUCAAGGCAUCCAACUUGUUGCUGAGUCACAAGGGAAUACUCAAAGUUGGUGACUUUGGUUUAGCUCGUGAGUAUGGUUCACCUCUAAAAAAUUACACGCCGAUUGUUGUCACCCUUUGGUACAGGGCUCCCGAAUUACUGCUUGGUGCAAAGGAAUACAAAACUGCAAUCGACCUUUGGUCAGUUGGGUGCGUGUUUGCUGAGCUUUUGUUGAUGAAACCAUUGUUUCCUGGAAAGUCGGAGAUCGAUCAGAUCAAUAAAAUAUUUAAGGAACUCGGCACUCCAAAUGACAACAUCUGGCCUGGCCCUCCGGCUUAUAGCGAAUUGUCAAUGGUGAAGAAGACAAACUUUGCACACCAUCCAUAUAAUGUUUUACGCAAUAGAUUCGGAGCUACAUUUACGGACAAAGGGUUCAAUCUUUUGAACAGAUUUUUAACAUAUGAUCCUCAAAGAAGAAUAACAGCCGAGGAAGCAUUAAGUCACGAGUACUUUGAGGAAUCACCUUUGCCAGUGGAUCCUUCUAUGUUCCCCACGUGGCCAGCGAAAAGUGAGCUAGCACACCGUGCAGUUCGAAAACACAACGCAAGUCCUAAACCCCCCGAGGGAGGAGCCGCUGCUUCCAAGCUGGCGAAUGAAGACUCAAAUCUUGGAUUCCACAUGCCAGCUGCAACGAAAGGAUUUUCUGCAAAAGGUGCAGGCUUUAAUUUAAGGUUUUGAUUGGCAACACGGAACAAGUAGCAGUUCAAGUAACACUUUAAUGAUGUGGCUGAUUGAGCCAAACUCUAUUCGCUGCGAUAAACUCAAUGAGCACCCUCUUUUUCCAGCAAGCAACGACAUUAAUGUUUGUUCUUUUGUAUAAUAGCUCUUUGUAAACCAAUUUUUUCGUAAAAACUGUAACAAAGAGUAGUUCUC